AUGAAUCCAGGCCGUUGUGCUGCCUGCAGAUAUUUAAGAAGAAAAUGCCCUCCUGAUUGCAUCUUCUCUCCUUAUUUCCCACCCAAUAUUCCACAAAGAUUUGUUUCUGUCCACCGAAUCUAUGGCGCCAGUAACGUCGCAAAACUCCUCCAGCAACUACCGCCCAAUCUGCGAGCUGAAGCUGCGGAAUUAUUGUGCAUGGAGGCACAGUAUCGGAUCGAGGACCCUGUCUAUGGCUGUGUUGGACUCGUAUCUUCACUGCAAAAACAGAUACAUGAUGCGGAGAAGCAACUGGCAAAAACUCAAGCUAAGAUUGCGUUUCUGAAAUAUCAGGCUCAACAUCCCCAAGCUGCUCUGUUGGACGAUGCUGCUAAUCUUGACUUCAUUCAUCAAGGUUCUUCUGGGUUUAUGCAGGAUUGA